AUGUCGAACCCUAACCUCAUGGAUAUCGAGCCCGGUGGUGAAAACACUCAGUAUGAGUCGAUUCGUUAUUUCACAGAGACUCCGCCGAAGCAGACCGGUCAACUAGGUGCCCACUGCGAGCACACAAGAAGUGAAUACAACCCGAUCCUCGGAGAUGAGGAUGACGAAGGCAAGGAAAAGAAUGGGGACACGCCACUGGCACUGCAGCUCGAGAAGGGAGAGGCUACGUCUGGUCUCUCAGGAAUCGUGGAUAAAGAUUCAAAGCCCGAGACCCCAGAGGAGGCUGCAGCGCUGGCGGCAAGGAUCAGGAGAGAACAGGGAUAUGGGCCUGGCUCGGGUGUCGGGGCUUAG